GCGACCCGUGACGUCAACUUAUGACGCUCGCUUCAAAAUCACCACGUUUCGCGAUCGUUUCCGUCGCGGGUGUUUGUGUUGCGUUAUCGUGAUAAAAAACGGUGCUAUUCGGUCGACUUUCACUGCCACUCAAUAAAUAACGAUUUUUCGAUGGAAUUGUAAACAAGUCGCGUUGGCGACUUUUCAUAGCUGAAUAGUAUAUUAGGUGGACAAACUCUUCAAGAAAGGUUUGAAAAGAUGUCGUAAAAACGACUUAAAAUGGCUUGGAUCCGUCACCGACUAUUCCUAAUUAAAACGUGCGUGUUACUUUUUUCGGUAGUAGUUGUAUAUGCAGAAACACCCGAAGAGAGAGUGUCCUUAAAUUCCCGUGUAGUGCGAACUAAAUAUGGUGACGUGAGUGGAGUAAUAGUGACAUUGGAUUCUAAACAUUUAGAACCCGUUGAAGUAUUCCGAGGAAUUCCUUAUGCUAGCCCUCCCGUCGGAUCUUUAAGGUUCAUGCCACCUGUCACCGGAGCCUUGUGGUCAGGUGUUAAAAUAGCGGACAAAUUUAGUCCCGUUUGUCCGCAAAGAUUGCCAGAUAUUUAUAAUGAAACGGCGGCGCUGAAAAGAAUGCCCAGGGGCCGAUUGGAGUAUCUCAAGAGACUGAUGCCUUAUCUCAAGAAUCAGAGCGAGGAUUGCCUCUACCUUAACAUUUACGCCCCGGCACAAGCAGGAACUCGAGGAGACGGCACAUCUCCAAAAUACCCGGUUAUUGUGUUCAUCCACGGCGAGAGUUAUGAAUGGAAUUCGGGGAAUCCCUACGAUGGUAGCGUUCUCGCUAGUUACGGAGGCGUCGUUGUGGUAACCAUCAAUUAUCGGCUGGGAAUAUUAGGUUUUCUAAACACGAACACGGAUCCUUACUCAAAGUCUCCGUCAAACUAUGGCCUCAUGGACCAGGUAGCAGCGUUGCACUGGAUUAAAGAGAAUAUAGCGUACUUUGGCGGUGAUCCAACCAACGUGACGGUUGCAGGUCACGGAACAGGUGCUGCCUGUGUUAAUUUUCUCAUCACUUCCAGUACUGUACCAGAAGGGGUCCUGUUCCAGAGGGCAAUUCUGAUGUCCGGCUCGGCGCUUUCACCGUGGGCGCUGGUUCAAGAGCCCUCCAGGUAUGCCGCCCAAGUGGCCAUCUACGCCAACUGCUCCCCAGAGCUACCACAGCCUCAUCUGCUCAAGUGCCUUCGUGAAAAACCUCUGGAGGUGUUGAUGUCAACCCCAAUUCAAGCGCCAGAGUUCGCAUUUGCCUUCGGUCCAAGUGUCGAUGGGGUCGCUAUAGAUACAGGAGAAUCUCCAGGUGAUAAUCCUCAUCACAACGAUUUCGAGAUGGGAAAAUCGCCAAAGAUCGAACCAAUAAACACCAUCAACAUCCUCAACAGAGUCCUUUUAAGAAAAUCCGUAGUUUCAAAACUUUCAAAGUACGAUUUAAUGUUAGGUGUUGUUAAAGCGGAGGCUUAUUUCGCCUUUAACGGUGAAGACGUUCAAUACGGGAUAGAAGCGGAUAGAAGAUCGAAAAUUCUCAGAACGUUUGUUAGAAACACUUACAGUUAUCAUUUAUCAGAAAUUUUGGCCACUAUCGUUAACGAAUACACCGAUUGGGAACGACCCGUACAACAUCCGAUAAACAUCAGGGAUGAAACUUUAGAGGCAUUAUCGGAUGCGCAAUAUGUAGCACCCGUGGUUCAUACUGCUGAUUUACAUUCUGCCGAACAUAGAAAUUCCUAUUUAUACGUGUUUGAUUAUCAAACAAAAUUCGGAGAUUACCCCCAGAGACAAGGUUGCAUACAUGGUGAAGAGUUACCAUAUGUAUUUGGAGCACCUCUAGUAGGUGGAUUCAUGCACUUUGGCCGAAACUACACCAAAGCAGAGGGGCUUUUAGCUGAAACGACGAUGAUCUACUGGAGUAACUUCAUCAGAACUGGUAAUCCAAAUGAACCACCAGAAGGAGACAUAUCGCAUGGUAUUAGACAAGAGAAAAACCGUUUCAAGAACAUAGAAUGGACGGCGUACGAAGCUGUUCACAAAAAGUACCUAAAUCUAGAUACUAAACCAAAAUUAAAAAAUCACUACAGAGCACAUCGUCUUUCAUUUUGGUUAAACUUAGUGCCGGAUCUUCAUAAACCGGGUGGUGAUGACGUUCCAAGGUCACAUCACGAAUUAAUAGAUGAUGAUCCACCCCCACCAAAGCUUCCAAACUUAAACCCAAGAAGGCUUCCAACGACUGAAACUCCCGAAAUUCGAUCUUUGCCAAAUUUCGUAAACAUUUCCGCAUUUGCAACAACACCAUCAGACGUUAACAGUGAGCGUGUAGAAGAACUUGGUGGUGCAAGCACGACAACGCACACAAUCGAAGAUGGAUUUGCAGCGUAUUCAACGGCGUUAAGCGUAACGAUUGCGAUCGGGUGUUCAUUACUAAUACUAAACGUGUUGAUAUUUGCUGGUGUGUAUUAUCAAAGGGACAAAUCGAGAAUGAACGAGAACGGACAACCCAAGAAACGAAACGAAAACGGCCAGAUGCCUAACAAUAUUUGUGGUGACUUAGAAAGUAGCAUAAUCGGUGUAAAAAGUGAUCCAGCCACAAUUCUAGGUCAUCAUCAUUCGCACCAUCAGAUGCCGCCGCCGGAAUUCGCCGAUUUACCGCAGAACAACGCGACAUUACCACGACCACCACCUCCGCCCAAAAUCUCCAAAGCCAACGUGAAUACACUCAGUUCGAAUCCCGGUCCUGAAAACCAACCAUUGCUGUCGUCGCACAGCAUACAGCUGAUUAACACGGGGACCUUGACGAAGAAAAAUACCCAAUUAAACAGUAAACAGAACAUUCAAAUGGAAGAGUUGAGGGUGUGACGAGAAGUGAGAUGGGAGUGUCCCUUAACUGAGUCAUAAAUAAAAAUAAACUCCCGGACAAAUUUUGUAUUGCUCAAAGUGUAAUAUGCAGUUUCGUUUUCCAUCCGACGACACUCUAAUUUGUUUUUGUUUUAAUGUAGGUGGUUAACGUUGUUUGUUUAGGUGAUAGUUUAUUGAAAAGUUUAAAUAAUUUAUUAAAAUGAAAUGUCAAUGCAAUUAAAAGAAGAACCAUUUUAAAAUUCACUGCCAAUGUAUCUUAAUAAAGAGAUAAUAGCAAUUAACACAGCCUAAGAUAAAAAAUAAGAUUUAUUAAAUUGUUUGGUUUCAUAUACAGGUGAUUUUGAAUUAUAUAUAUAAACAAUAAAUUACCCCUCUUUAGUCGGUCGGAAUCUUUUCAACCCAACCCAAGCCAACCUAACUGAACCCAAGCCAACCUAACUGAACCCAACCCAAGCCAACUUAACUCAACCCAACCCAAGCCAACCUAGCUCAACCGAAGCCAAGCUAACUACCACUUUAGACAGUCGGAGUGGGGAUUGGCUUGGCUUGGAUUGAGAUAGGUUGGGUUGUACGAAAUGAUUGUGACAAAUUCCUCUAUAAUGCAUUAACAGAGGUGCUACCAAGAAAGAAAAGCUCGAUAUUCCUGCUGUAAAGGUCACCUACGCUAAUCUAAUGCAGGAUAAAAGAAGCUGCUACAAAUACUUUUUUACAAUUUGGUAUUUCUAAGAAUUCAAAUGUAAAACUUUGAAUAUAAACAGUUUGAUUUAAAAUGUUGUUGACCUGAGUAAU